AUGGCUGCCAAUGCGACCACCUCGCCCCUGGCGAGCGUCAAGUUCGGUGCCGCCAGCGUCGCGCCGCAGCUCGAGUAUGUCGUGGACUAUGUCUCCAACGCGAGCGCUUGGACCAUUGUCAUGACGGUCCUCGCAGCACUGGUCGCGUACGAUCAGUUCUGCUACCUCUGGAACAAGGGAUCGAUCGCUGGCCCGGCAUGGAAGAUGCCGUUCAUCGGACCGUUUCUCCAGUCGAUGAAUCCCAAGUUCGAGGAGUACUACGCGAAGUGGAUGAGCGGGCCGCUCAGCUGCGUUUCCGUCUUCCACAAGUUCGUCGUGAUCGCCUCGACCCGUGACAUGUCGCGCAAGGUUCUCAACUCGCCCGACUAUGUCAAGCCUUGCGUCGUUGACGUCGCCCACAAGCUGCUCGGUGACGACAACUGGGUGUUCCUGGACGGCAAGGCGCACGUUGAGUUCCGCAAGGGCCUGAACGGCUUGUUCACCCGCCGCGCCCUCGAGAUCUACCUGCCCGGGCAGGAGGAGGUGUACAACCAGUACUUCAAAACCUUCGUCGAGAUCACCAAGCAGGCCGGCGGCAAGCCGGUCCCCUUCAUGAAGCCCCUCCGCGAGGUCAUCACGGCCGUCUCGUGCCGCACCUUCGUCGGGCACUACAUCUCGGACGAGGCCGUCAAGAAGAUCGCCGACGACUAUUACCUCAUCACGGCUGCUCUCGAGCUGGUCAACUUCCCCAUCAUCAUCCCCUUCACCAAGACGUGGUACGGCAAGAAGGCGGCCGACAUGGUGCUGGCCGAGUUCGCCCGGUGCGCCGCGAAAAGCAAGGCGCGCAUGGCUGCUGGCGGCCAGCCCACCUGCAUUAUGGAUGCCUGGAUCCUCCAGAUGAUCCAGUCCAAGAGGUGGCGCGAGGCCGAGGAGAAGGGCCUGUCGACCGAGGGGCUGGAGAAGCCGGCGCACAUGCUCCGCGACUUCACCGACUAUGAGAUCUCGCAGACCGUCUUCACCUUCCUGUUCGCCUCGCAGGACGCGACGAGCAGCGCCGCGACUUGGCUCUUCCAGAUCAUGGCCCAGCGCCCCGAUGUCCUGGACCGCGUGCGCGAGGAGAACCUGAAGGUCCGCAACGGCGACAUCCAUGCGGCCGUUGAUAUGAACCAGCUCGAGUCCAUGGCGUAUACCCGGGCCGUCGUCCGCGAGCUGCUGCGCUACCGCCCACCCGUCCUCAUGAUUCCCUAUGUGGCCAAGAAGCCGUUCCCCAUCACCGAGACGUAUACUGCUCCAAAGGGCUCAAUGAUUGUUCCCACCACAUACAUGGCUCUGCACGACCCCGAGGUGUACGAGAACCCCGACGAAUUCAACCCUGAGCGGUACUACUCGGGCGAUGCCGAGGUCAAGGGCAUGAAGAACUACCUCGUGUUCGGAACCGGACCGCACUACUGCCUUGGGCAGCAAUACGCCCAGCUGAAUCUCGUCUUGAUGAUCGGAAAGGCGUCGUUGCUGCUCGACUGGAAGCACCACCCGACUCCAAAGUCGGAAGAGAUCAAGGUGUUCGCCACCAUCUUCCCUAUGGACGAUUGCCCGUUGACGUUUGAGGAGCGGAAGUGGUAGAGACCAGAUGGGGGAUGUGGCGCGGUAAGAUAGAAGACCGGAGCGCCGGGGGUUUGAUACACCGUAGAAGGGUCGGUUAACUGUGAUGAAGCGUGAGGAAGAGGACGGCCGGCCCGCUGAGGGGGCCCGACGAUCUACCACUUGCCUGGUGGAAAGCUCACGACCUUGCAGGCUCUUGGGCCUUAAUGCUCGGCAGGAGAAAGCGGUGACCGGGCUAAGCGACACUUAUACGCACUUUUGUAAUCUUUAGUCUGUACAUAGCUAGAUUCGUACAUGGGAUGGUAGUUGAUGAAAUGAGAUGUGAA